UCAAAGAUAAAAAUGCCCAAAUGCCCAGAAAAACUCCAGAAGAGGGCUCUGUGGAUGAAAUGGUAGUUUAGUGAUGUUAUUCUACUGGGAUGGAGGAGAUUCUUGUCAUUCUGAAGUGGAAAGUUGUUGAAAUGUUAACUAAAAUGAAAAUUUCUAGUUUUAAGGCAAUGUGUUAAAAUGACAUAACACAUUUGUUCAGUGAGAAUUUAAUUGAACUUAAAAUACUCAACGUCUGAGCCUGUAAAAACCUGUGUUAUACAGUUAUCUUCAUAUCAUCUUUUCUCAAAUUGUUUAGAAAUGAUAUCUUUUGCUUUCUUCUUUUGUAAUAUCAGGAAACUACAACAUUCAUCACAAAAGUCUAAAGAGAUGCGACUGAUUGACAUGAAACCUGAACCUGAAAAAGAAUCAUCUCCACAAUAUUCAGACAAUCCCAAGUCCUCAGACACCCAUGAAAGUGACAGUGACAAAGAUGAUAAUGCUGGAGAAGUGGAACACAAAACCCAAACACAGACCAAACUCAAGCCAAUGGUUGUCAUCACAGACAGGACAGUACAGACUCCAGCUGGGAGAGAAAUGGACCCUGGACAAAGUCAUGUCAGCAGUAAAAUAACUGAAGGAGCGAGUUGUUCCGAGCCACAAGACUCAGAGAAAGACCAAAUGUGCAAAUUACGCAGCAGUUUUAUACACAGUGGUUCUUAUCCGGAAUUAAACACACAUCUGUGGGAUCCAAGUGUCCCCAACAAUCUUUUCCACUCUGCACAGGUGAACACCUGGGACAGCUGUUCCACCAUGGACAGAAUAAUGCCGUGUGGACCGUGCCUGGGAGUACCUGUCAGAACUCCAGGAACUCCAGGAUUUCCCAUCAGCUUUCAGCAGCAUGCGCUGGUACAGGAUCUAAUCGGCCUUUCACAAUUCGGAGGCUUUCUGUUUUAUCCCUAUGCCAGCCUCUCAGCGCGGUCCAAAGUGGAUUUCAGAGCCUACCCGAUCAUCCACAGCCAGGACUACUUCACCUAUCCGAUCAUAUCUUCAUCUGUUCCUCCUGCGGGUGGAGGUGGAUUGAAAUAUCUCAUCCCUGAUUUGCUAAUGCUGCCCAAAACAGAGCAGAUGAACUCAGUGGGCGAAACUGAGAUAAAAUGCAGUGAAGAGGAGUUACAAACAGGGAGACAAUUCUGACUUGAGAGGAGUUACUGUUACUGUGUCCCUGCAUGUGCUUUACCCACUCCAACCUAGAGACCUGAAAGGCUGUUCUGUCACAGGAGUGACACCAGACAUAUUUCAAAAUGAAAAUUUUGAGUUGUCUUGAACAUUGAUGAAGUCUCAUACAUCUGCAUCUCACUGAAUACAUUAUUUCAACAAAAUGUAACUUAGUUUAUAAAUAACAUAUUAAGUUGAAGUUAGGUGCAGCUUGGUUGAUUAUGUGGAUGCUGAGAUUGCUUACCUUUGAACGCAGAAAAAUAUAAUUCACAAAUUAGUUUGUUUAUAAAUAGGCCUGAGCGAAUCAAACAAAUAAUGCAAUAUAUAUAAAAUCAAAACAACUGAACUAGAAGAUUUCCAGUGAAACUUUACAAAAACUUAUUUGCCAGCUUUUGUACUGUUUACACACACAAAGGCAAGUUGAAUAGCUCAAAACACAUCAGCUUUCUUUGCAUUUAAACAAUGCAUGGAUGCAUGCAUGCAUCAAUGUAUUUGUCCAUGAGACUGUGUCAGUUUUUCUCAAAGACUAAUAGACUGAUCCAAUAACUAAUUAAAAAGAUGUUUAUCCUUAAGGUUUCUUUGUGUACCUGGUUUUGCCUUAAAAGCUUGGCCUCAAAUCUUAUGUAUUUUAUAUAGUAUUAAACAUUCAAUACAAAAUAAACAAAAAUCUCAAUGAAAAAAAUAUCUCUUAGGUACAUUUAUCAAGAGUUUUAAUGCUCAUAAUCUGUUUCAUCGGGACUGUGAGGAUGUGCUUUGACCAAACUUGAUUGACAGUGACCAAACAACCAACCCAGUGUCAUUACAUUUCAAUUCAAAUGUUGCUGAGUCAUGGUAUGUGUAAAGAAGCAUGUGACGUUUUUCCAACUGAGCCAAGGAGCUCAGAUAAAAAAAAAAAAAAAAAAAAAAAAAACAGAAAUCUGUUGUGAAAUAAUCUAAACUGACUGAAAAUACUGUUCUCGUGUACGACCACAUCACUCAGAGUAAGAAACUGAUGUCUGAAAGUCUUCAGGGUCUUUAAAGGGCUAAUGUUGUUACAUAUUACAUUCAUUCACCAAAGCCCAUUGCAUUUUUUCCCAGUGUAAUACACCAGGAAGAACUGUUCAUUGUUCAGAGUCUUGUUCAAGAACUGUUGGACAUGUGAACAGGAGGACAUGAGAAUCAAACCUUCAACCUUUGAGUCAGCAGUGCAAAAUAUUGACUUGUAAACAACUUGUAACAAUAUUACACAAACAUAAAAUAUGAUUAAACCUAUUAAAACAGAUUUGUAUAACUCCUCUGUGUUUGGCUUUUGAAUU